AUGAAAAGUGCUCUCUGGGCAUACAACCAAGCUCAAUGGGCUCUUAAUCAGCUCAAUGCUCCUCGGGGCACUCGUGACCGAUACAAGCUGAUAGGGAAAAAAGAUACAAGGGCACUAACUACAGUAUACAAUGGCAACGCCUGGGGUCAAAGAAAUAUUGCUCUGCCAUGGUUCUGGAAUAUGGCUGUGGCUGAUGAUUCAUCGGGUUCAACAUACAUGGAACAAGUAUAUCGGGUGAAUUGGCUCAGAGCAAAAGCUCGAUAUGACCGGUGGUCAGAAGAGCAUCUCUUGAUCCCAAACAAAAUGAACUGGACCCGCCUCUAUUUCAAAUCAGUAUGUGGAAAGAACUGGCCUUCCAGGCCACUGAAGAAUUUAUAA